AUGCAACCAGCAGCCACGAAACCCUCAGAGCCAGCUAAACCGGCGGCCACAAAGCCUGCAGAGCCAGCUAAACCAGCAGCCACGAAACCUGCAGAACCAGCCAAACCAGCUGCCACGAAAUCUGCAGAACCAGCCAAACCGGCAGCCAAAAAGCCUGCAGAACCAACUAAACCCGCAGCAACGAAACCUGCAGAGCCUGUGAAACCAGCAGCCACGAAACCCGCAGAGCCAGCCAAACCAGCGACAGCGAAACCUGCAGAUCCGUCAAAGCCAGCGGCCGCUAAAGGACCCUCGCAGACCGCCAGCUCGAACGACGCGAAGGUAGUCAAGCAAGAGGUGCCAGCCCCAGCGACUCCCGCUCUCGCCGAGCGCCCGGCGCGCAUCCUGGCGGUGAUCCCGUACAACUCGCACAGCCACAACGUCAUGUACGCGCCGCUGUUCCGCGCCCUGGCCUUGCGAGGCCACACCGUCCACGUCCUCAGCCACUUCCCGGCGGAAAACCCUCCGCCGACGUACCGCGACCUGUCCAUCAAGGGCUCGUACGAGUCGUGGGUGGACAACGUGGACAUGGACCUCAUCGCGUCGUACGCGAACCCGCUGUCCGUCGCCACGCUGCUGUGGGCCGAGACGCUGGACGUGUGCUCCAAGGCGAUGGAGCACCCGGCGACGCGCAAGCUGCUCGAGUCCAACGAGCGCUACGACCUGGUCGUGUCGGAGGUGUUCGGCGCCGAGUGCAUGGCGGGCUUCGCGCACAAGUUCCGCGCGCCGCUGGUGGGGCUCAUCAGCAGCGUGGCGCCGCCUGGGGCGCUCGACCGCAUGGGCAACCCCGACCAUCCGGCCUACACCGCCAACUACUUCCUGCCCUACACGGAGCGCAUGACGUUCUGGCAGCGGCUCGCCAACUCCUUCCACGGCUGGGCGGUCAGGAGGCUCAAGUACCUCCUCUGCGACCGCCCCACCGACGCGCUGGCGCGCAGGUACUUUGGACCAGAUCUCCCGAGCACUACAGAGCUGGUGCAAAAUACCAGUCUGAUACUGGUCAACACUCACUACAGUAUCAACCAGCCUCGUCCCAUGGUACCAGGUGUGGUGGAAGUUGGUGGUCUACAUAUAGGAGAACCAAAGCCGUUGCCUGAGGAGCUGGAGCGGUACGUGAGCGAGGCGGAGGCGGGCGUGGUGGUGUUUUCGCUGGGCACGAUGGUGCGCGUCAGCACGUGGGCGGACGAGCGCCUGCGCGCGCUCUGGGGGGCGCUGGGCGCACUGCCGCAGCGCGUCAUCAUCAAGUCACGUGACCCGCUGCCCUCCGCGCCGCCCAACGUGCGCGUCGAGCGAUGGCUGCCGCAGUUCGACCUGCUC